UUAUGUACCAAGUAGGAAAAUUUUGGGGAAGAAAAAUAAAAAAAAAAAUUAUGGCACUACUUGCUAUUGUAGAAUCUUUUGAAGAUAAUAAUCAAAUAUGAUUACUAUGUCACCUCUCAAUAAUGAUAAAAAAUAUAUGUAGAAGUAAAUGUGGAGAAGUAUUUUGGGAAGAAAUGAUACAAAUUAAUUAUCAAUAAUAUCAUUAAAACUAUAUUUAGUGGAGUAUAUUGAUAAGUCAACCUAUCGGGCUUAAAUUGGUUUGCAUCCCCAUUCUUUUUGAGUGCACACGACUAGAAAGGGAAAAGUAAUACCAUAUACACCCUAAAUACAAUAAACUCAUAUCAAAACUUCAUCAAAUUACAAUAAAUAAAUGUUGAAUUCGAUUCUUCAUCCUAGACGAGAUAACCGAACAAAUCAAAGAGGUGAAGCACCACCAAUAACUAACACACAACUUAUUCCCACUCUUCGUAGGAGAAAUAGUGAUAUCACUUUGAAUACUCUAGUUGAUGAUUCAACCACAAAUAAUUCAGAUCUAAUUUCUUUAAUAACAAAUGAAUCUGAAGAAACAGUAUUAAAUGAUGAUAUAAGAAUAUUUCAAUGUCCUAUUUCUACAUAUACUAAACGGUUGGAACUACCGGUAGUUUCCAAUUUUUUAUCACCUGGUGUGAUGGUAUUUGCUUCUAAUGAAUCCUUGUCAGCAUAUCAAAAAGAAAUGAAUCAUAAAGAAACGGUGAAAUCAGAUGGUGGUAUUGAACCAACUACAUUGGCACAACCCAUCUUGUAUACUUCAACGUCAGUAUGGAGUAUAUUUAAGAAAAAUUCUCCAUUUAUGGAAAUUCAUCAAAAUAUUUCUGGUAUUAGACAUGAAUUUUGUAAAGUUUACUUUCGUAUUCUUGCAACAAAUUUAACAUGUUAUAUUCUUAAUUUUAAAUUUGAAGGUUCAGGUUUAACUAAAACUGUCAUUUUAUUAAACAAUAAUAGUUGUAGACCUUCAGUUGAUUUUAUAUAUCAAGGUUCCAAAGUUAGAAUCACAGGAAUUACUGGUGCAACUUCUACAUUUGGAACUGGAUUCAUAAAAUCUUUUAUAUUAGAUGAUGAUACCCCACACCUUGCACAUGACUUGGAUAUUAAUAUCAAGGGAGGGAAAUCGGAUCCAAUAAAGGAAGAAAAUCUUAUUAAAAAUAUGAAAAUUUCAACUUCUAGUGGAAAUCAACUUGCAAAUUUAUUGAUUGGUGGGAAAUCAAACUCAGUUAUAUUCAGAAAUAUGAUGAAUGGGAAAAAUCUAAUAAAUACCCCAUUUGCAACUUAUUUAGAUAAUGGAGAUAAACGAAUUAUGGGAACAAAACUAAAUCGUCAUGGUACCAUUGGAUGUUUUGAAUCACCUGAAAGCUCGAAGCCAAUAUCUGAAAAUUCACUAGUAAUAACAUGCAUUAUCUUAGUUCUCCGAGAACAAGAAUACCGGAAAAAUAAGGGUAAUAAUAAGCCUACAUUUGUUUCCAAUCCUACAUUACAUCCUGGAUCUAAUAUCUCUUAGGUUAAUUCAAUAAUAAUAAAAAUAAAUUAAAUCCGCUUAUCU